AGAUAAGAGUUCGCCAUACUGGUUGAGAUUCAGCAAGACUCGGACAGGGAUGGUCGGAGUUUCCAGCUCCAGCGUGUGCGCUGAACUUGACUAACUGUUAAAAGACCAGCCCUGACACCUUCAAGACAUUCAUAACUUGUCUAAGAGGAAGCAAACAAGAAGCAGUGGUGCAGCAGUUGCCCAUAACACACGCCUCCGCAGCCUGCGGGAGUGCAACUGCCUGAGGUCCCGGAUACGCCAACUGCGGGAGCAGACCCGCCGACAGGUUUCCAGGAUUUCCAGCGCGAACAGACAAGUGCGGGCCAUGGGACAGAAGGUGUCUGGGGGGGUGAAGACGGCAGGGCCAGGACGGGAGCCUUCGCUGAAGGCGCUGAACUCAGACAGGGACUUGUUACACCCCGACAUGCAGAAACCUAGCCGACUAGAUAUGCUCCUUGAUAUGCCUCAAGCAGACAGGGAAACACAGGUCAAACACGCGUGGAACAACGAAGAUCGGUCUCUGAACAUUUUUGUGAAGGAAGACGACAAACUCACCUUCCACAGACACCCGGUUGCUCAGAGUACGGACUGCAUUCGUGGCAAAGUUGGGUACACAAGAGGACUUCAUGUAUGGGAGAUUCACUGGAGCACGAGACAGCGGGGGACGCAUGCGGUGGUAGGCGUAGCGACAGAGCACGCCGCCUUGCAUUCGGUAGGGUACCAGUCUCUGGUGGGAAGCAACGCAGAGUCGUGGGGCUGGGACUUGGGAAGGAACAAGCUCUACCACGAUAGUAAAAACAACCCCGGAAUCACGUACCCUAGGACAUUGAAAGCAGACGAGAACUUCGUGGUACCAGACAAGUUCCUUGUAGUUUUAGACAUGGAUGAGGGCACAAUCAGUUUUGUAGUGGACGGACAGUUCUUGGGCAUUGCCUUCCGUGGACUGAAGGGGAAGAAGUUGUACCCAAUUGUCAGCGCAGUGUGGGGACAUUGUGAGAUCACCACCAAGUACAUUGGAGGCUUGGAUCCGGAACCCCUGCCGUUGAUGGACCUGUGCAGGCGAACCAUCCGUCUGUCGCUGGGGAAAGACCGCCUGAAGGAUGUGCCCAAACUCCCUCUCCCUCAGGCUCUCAAGAACUACCUGCUGUACCAAUAGCAGCUGCGUAGCUCUUCGCUGAUGCCAGAGGACGUGUAACGAGGUCAACACGCAUUUCUCUCUACCACCCCUAUUUCUCCGGUUGACGGGCACUUUGAAGGAAGCAAGUAUUUUUGAGAUCAUAACAUAACAAUAUAGGAGUGGUAGAGAAAAUGCAAUGCAAGAAUAAUAAGGAAAUGUUAUGUCUGAUCUAAUAUAUGCCAACCUAUUGCUUAAGAAGCAGUAUAAUUGUUACAAGCAGAAGAUGGUUUAAUGAACUCAACCUUAUAAAACGUUAAUUCCUCGGAAGACUACAUGCUUGGUACAGGUUGAUUUAAUUGUAAGCAUUCUAAAUUUUAUUUUAUUUUCAGAGUCAUGAUUUGUUUCUUAUGAGACAUUAUAGUAUAUUUUUAAUUCUGUUACAAGACAUGUCCACAAGUAUAGCUAGGUCUUAUUGUGACAUGUAUGUGAGCUCGAAAGUAUUAAAAAUACAUCUUAAAACUGGAGAGGGAACAUUCACUUCUGGAGAUCUGUACGAGAUUUAAGAAGAGAACUUGCAGAGGAUUGAUCUUGCCUCACCUAGAAGAGGCCUCAGUUCUUACAGUAACGCUGAUGAUCAGAUCCACCAGUAAAAUAUGUUAUGGUCAUUUCUAUUUCUUGCGUUAAAUCGUCUGUACCAUGUUGGUAUCUGCAUUAAGACUCUGCGCAACCCAAAGACAGUUGGUCCAAGAAAGUCAAUGAUAUUGUUGUAAUAGCUGAAAACAUUAUUUGAAGAUUUUACUUAGUUCUGUCUUCCUUCUUAGAAUGAAAAAUGUAUCUAAUGAAGUCAUAUUUUAAAUUAAGUUAUAGCUCAUUUUAGGAAUUAGAGCUGUGUAGAUAAGUGAAGUUGUGUAUGAUACCACUUCAGAAAUGGACAAAGCAUUGUAUUGUUAUUUUUCACCUUAUAAAAAGACGUCCAAAGAAAGUAUGGCAAUAUACAAGGAUGAUAAUUUGAACCAGUGCUUUUGAUGCAACCUGUUUUAAAUCUGCGUAACGUUGUAGCAAUUGCUUUUGAAGCAGGAAGGCAUGAUUGUACUGUUAAUACAGAUAUUGCUGAUGUUUUAGAGAAAAUUUAUCGUAGCGCAGCCUGCUUCCCUGUAAAUCUUGUCUAUGUUCAACUUAGUUGAAGCUGCACCAUAGAGAAAGAAAUUACCUUGAACCAGUCACAAGCAGUGUUAACUCAACUAUCAACGGAGAUCAAGUUUUGGGCAUGGUUUAAAACAGGCACUCGAUGUAUUUUAAUUCCAUGAGUAGUUAGGAUGAAAAGUGUUCAUUAACCAUCUCCCUACUGGUUUAUACUGCCAUCAAUACAUCUGAUGCAUGUAUAGGCCUAUUAGUAUUACAGGGGCAUAGUUAAUGUACAGUUAAAUUGACUAGCAGCACAUAGAUGAUGUUUUUAGCAAAAUGUUGGCACUAGUGAACGUUGUCCUGCUGGUGAUGACUUAGAAACAACUUGCAAUGUCACUUGUGUACAUGUAUGUUGAGUGCCCUGUCUGGCUGACAGCUUACCUUAUUCGUUGACCAAAACUCUCCCGUCCAAUCCAUGCUGAAGGUUUUGCCCCAUUUGUAUUACUAGUAUUUGUGGGGAGAAAAUAUUAUGGACUGUUGUGUACCUGAAGCCACACAAAGCCAUGCUUUUACUCACACCACCAGUGGUUGUCUUGCCAAAAAUAGCUGAUGUUAUGGAAGACAGUUUCACCUCACAAAAUCCACAGCUGUACCAGUCUGCUGUGAUUGUGUUUUUCUCCAGCCCCUUGUCUCCUUGACAAACAGCUCCUUGUAGGUUUUAGGUAGAGGAAAAUGAUGUUUUCCACAUGACAGCCUUAACAUAACAGAGAUAUAGACCCUUAUAGGCUGCAAAUGUACAAAUUUCAUUUCGUCUGCUUGUAUGUGGAUUAUACCGAAGCGCUGCGCAUUGUUGUAAUUUCUACAUUUAACUGCAGCUGUGCCUGUGUACAUAGAAUGAAAGUUCACUAUAUUCUUAAUCACAGAUGCAGUUAGAAUGUUUGGAAUCCGUUCCUUGAUUGGUUGGUGUAGUCUAAUGUAGUUUAUAGUGCCGUCAUCACAAUUGUAUUAUUGAGUCAUGGCCAGUAGUGCUGAAUAAAAAAUGUCACUUUUAUCAUA